UGCACGGUCGGUCUUCUUGCGUAUAGGACGCACCAACCUCCUCCUCCGGUGGUCUCCCUUCCCUUCUCUCCCACUUUAAUGGCGACGACAACGACCUAACUGCAAUCUUCUCCCACCUCCCCCUUUCUUCUCUCCUUCCUUCUUCUCUUUCUCUCCUGCGGAGCAGCUGUGUUCGAAGGGAAAGCGAUGUCGGACGCGCUCAUCAACGGGCUGGCCGGCGCCGGCGGAGGAAUCAUAGCACAGCUCAUCACCUACCCCUUGCAGACCGUGAACACUCGGCAGCAGACGGAGCGCGAUCCGUCCAAGUCCGCCGCGAGAGACGGCGCCGUGCGUCAGAUGCUGGAGGUGGUGAAGCAGGAAGGGUGGGGGCGGCUAUACGGUGGUCUGGCUCCAUCGUUGGUCGGCACGGCUGCGUCCCAGGGUGUUUAUUAUUAUUUCUAUCAAAUAUUUAGGAACAAAGCAGAAACAGCAGCUCAAGAGCGCUGGAGAAAAGGCUCUGGUGAUGGAUCAGUAGGCAUGUUUCAGUCACUUGUUGUUGCUGCACUUGCAGGAUGUGUAAAUGUUUUAUUGACAAAUCCCAUCUGGGUAGUAGUCGCACGCAUGCAAACUCACAAGAAGACAAACUUUGGAUCACCUAAUCGUGGUUUACAAUCACUUUCCAAUGACGCUAUUGAUUUUCCAGUCGUUGAACAUCUGCCAUACAGAACUAGUCAUGUGAUUCAGGAACUCUAUGAUGAAGCUGGAAUGUGGGGUUUCUGGAAGGGUGUAGUACCUACACUUAUAAUGGUUAGCAAUCCUUCUAUCCAGUUCAUGUUAUAUGAAACUUUGGUAAAGAAAAUCAAGAGAAGACGAGAUUUAAAAGCAAAAGGUGCUGAAGGAUUGACUGCUCUUGAGAUUUUUAUUCUUGGAGCUGUUGCCAAACUUGGAGCUACUGUCGUCACAUAUCCCCUAUUGGUAGUCAAGGCAAGGCUGCAAGUAAAACAAGGACUUAUCUGUGAUAAAAGGCAUCAAUAUACAGGUACAUUAGAUGCUAUCAACAAAAUGAUGCGAUAUGAAGGUGUUUCGGGUCUUUACAAGGGAAUGGGCACAAAGAUAGUCCAGAGUGUAUUUGCUGCAGCAGUUCUGUUUAUGGUGAAGGAGGAGCUGGUGAGAGCAGCCCGGGUUCUAGUAACGGGCGAGCUCAGACUGAUCAAGUCCAAGUCGAAACCUCCAUAACUGUAUUCUAUUUUUCCAAAUUUCACUUCCCAUUUAAACUAUCUUAGAAAUUGAAAAUCGUGCAAGUUGGAAUAGCAAAGUGGCUCAUCAGAAUUCUUGCAGGAAAUAGCCAGGUUUGUGAUGGCCUUGUAUAAUACGUGAAACGUUCACGUUCAUAGAGGACUAAAUUGUUGAUUGAUUCAAAUACAUUGGUUUAUAUAGACUCCAGUUGCAUUGCAAUUUAAAGCAUCUUUCCAGAGUUUUGCUUGUUUGCUUAA